AGUAAUUUAGAUUGUGCAAGACUUUGUAUAAAAUCGGGCGUGAGUAAUGUUAAGGAUGCCUUUCUAUUUUCUGCUCGAAUAAAAGUUGUUGUGUUGUGUGUGAGUUCGAGCAAGUGUCAUUCAAUACGAUUUGGCGUUCCAAAAAAGGCCGCUUAGAGGGUGUGUGAAUCUCGCAUUCGCUCCAGAGUGGUCACAUCGCCAACGUAUGCUCUGAUGGCGAACCUGCUGGCGUUCCCGAAGUAAACGAAGCGAUUCUCGAUCGAAAGACAGUGUCUAGGCGUUCUCGAACAUAGGUUGCUCCUUUAUGGAAGAUAUACGACUAAAUUCUAGCCUUUCAGAACCGAAUUACUCGAGAAGUUUGCAAUCAACCGAUGUCGAAAAGAAGAAAUCAACAGGGCUUAACUGCGUUAUGUUUGAGGGAAAGAAUAUUCAUUCGUCGCCGAUUGAUGGCAAACUCUUGUGUAGCUACAGCGAAAAACUCUGCAAGCAGCGUCGACUGAAUGGCUACGCAUUCUGUAUCCGUCAUGUAUUAGAAGACAAAAACGCUCCAUUCAAACAAUGCCAGUACGUGGCAAAAUACAACGGGCAGCAGUGCACGAAUCCUAUUCCCUUUGCCGAAGAUAGGAUAUAUUGUAAUAGUCAUUUACAAGUUCUAGGCCUCGUCCCUAAAAAGAGUAGGAAAAAGAAAGCGAGCGAAAGCAUCGAAAGCGACGUAGAUUCAGUGUCGAACGCUACAGUCGAAUCACGGAUCAAAGCAGAUGUUCCUCCGCAUCUGAUCGCAGAAAAAAUGGCUUUCUUAUCCCCGCCCGUAUUCCCUCAUCGACAGAAGAAAAUCAAGUCCCGUAUUAAUAAAAAACAACCCGAAAUUCUUGUCACAAACAAGCAAAAGGCUCACAAUAAGCGACCACACGGAAACAACCAGGAUUUAUUCAGUUUUUAUGGAAUUGAUAGUGACAGCAGUGAUAACAGUGACAGUGAGCAGUUACCAUGGCAGCAAGUCUGGUUGUCGUCAGAUAGUGACCAAGAACUAGAGUUACCCACCUUACCCGAUGGUAAACCAAAAUUCACAGGAGCAUCAAAUUCAGACACCAGAACGGGGAAGAUUUCUCGGCUUAGUGCAAGGCUACGGCGCGAACUCCACCAGCUGAGGAGAACUCUUCGAGCACACCGUUACAGACAACCACACUUUAUUACUACAGCAAAUGCACUGCUAAAAGCUGCACAAACCAACACCUCAGCAUGUGUGGACUCCAUACUAGCAACUUCUCGUCCAAAUAGAUCAGCUCCUAUGCCAUUCAAAGUGAAGAUGUGUGCAUUCACAUCUGCAGAGAACUUGUGCAAGGAGAAAGCACUUCCAUACACAAAGUACUGCAAAGAUCAUGUGACUUGUGACCCAAACCAAGUGCUAUAUGAGCAGUGCACUGCUCGAUUCCCUGAUGGACUGCAUUGCUCUGUUCCUGUACUGGAUCUCGUCCAUGAGCGUGCACUUUGUGGCGAGCAUGCUCGUAAGAAGGCAAAGUUUCAAGAGGCACAAGAAGCUGCAGCGGCUGCUGCAACAACAUUGACAACAACAAAACAAGCCAAACAGGCAAAGCCACAGCGGAAACCCCUGCCAAAAACACAAGCAAACAAAGCUUCAAGCAAACCGACUAAGGUUACAAGAAAACCCACAUCUCGUUCGAACAAAGGGAAGAUUAAAAAUCUUCUUGAGCCAAGUGCAAACGUCAGCCCCAUGUCUGAUUCUUUUAGUCAAAGUGACACUUCUGCUGUGUUUUCCCCAUCAAUAAUGGCAUCAGACUUUUCACAGGCCAGUGAGACGUCACCAGUUCCAAAUCACAUGGAGGAAGAUCUGCAACAGUUCCAGUCUUCAUUGUUUGAGAAUCAGCAACAGGACAGUUUACUCUUGAAUGAUAUAGAUGAAAAUAAUCUAUCAUGUCAGGGGCUCCCUCCUUCUACCAAUGGUGUAUCACAAGAAGGCUUGUUCCAAGACAUUGUCAACAAGAAAAGUGUAAAUAUAUCUAAAUGGGAACACAUAUCUUCUGUUCCAGUAUCUGUUGUGACCUCCACAGAGAUCCCAGCCAGAACAAAUCCCCCACUAAACAGUGAACAAAUCGUGUUAAGUAAGAACGCCCUGAAAGGGAAAUCAUCACCCUUGAACAGCAAGGCUAAAAGCUCUUCUAAAGUUAAAGGAAAAAGGAACUCAAAACCAAAGAUUACUCAUCCCAACCAAGGGGAGAUCCUUGGACUAGCAUCUAACUUGGAUAGUGAACUAAAGGAUGUCAAAUCAAGAUGGACAUUAAGUGAGGACCCAAUGUUUUCAACAUCCCAUUCCAUGUUGAGCACCAGUGAACUGAAAACACAUGGCAAUGGGUUGUCAGGACCAUUAUCACACUCUAUAGAAUCUGUACUGUCACCACCUCAGAGAUCGUGGCCAGGAAUUGCUAUUUCUUCAACAAGCAACUCAUACACCUCACCUCUCAACUCCCAUACCAGCCAAUCACGCUUGACAUCCCCUCCCUUCUCACCUCCAACAAUACCCCAGCACACUUCUUCUGUGUUCACGUUUGACAGACCUGUGCCAUAUCAACAAACUAGUAUGCUCUCGCCCACCCUGAGCCCCGCCAGCCCAUCAUUCCUACACUCUACAUCUCUCAAGCAAAGCAUAUCAUACUCGCAGCGUGACGAUUUGGACUCGAAUAGGGUGCAUGACCCGUUUCUGACUCCUGUAGACCAUGAACAGCCAUUGCUUGGAACACACUUCCAUCAGAACUCAGAUACCAGUUUGGGUGAUCUCAGGUUAAGAUAAAAAGCUGAUAAAGAAAGUGUCUAACAUAUUACUUGGCAGACCAGUGUACCAUUGUACUAUACAUGCAGCUAAAGACAAUGUAAUCUCUUGGAAGUUGUGCUGUCAUUACCAGCUGAUAAAGCCAAUUUAACCUGAGUGGAUUCAUACUUUUCAGAUGCCUUGUUUUACAAACCUUUAAAAAUAAAAUGAAAAUAUGUUUCCAUGCCUGAUAACCAGCUAGUAUUAAUUAUUGUUUAAAUUUAUCUUGUCUUCCAAAAUUGUAUUUACACUUUAUUUUUACAAGCACAUGGGCACAUUUUUAUAUUCCUGUUAAUUUUUUAAAAUUUGAAAAAAGGUUUAGAAAACAAGGCAUUUAAUAUUUCUGGCCCUGCUAUUGAUAUAUAUUAUUUACUAAUUCACACGAAUUGAUAAAGUAUGCCUUUGUAUACUGUAUUUAUUGGCAAGGUGGCACAUUUUGACAGCUCAUUUGCCUUUUAAAGAUUGGGUCUUCCAAAGUUUGCAGUCUUUUAUGAAAAUUUAAAACAAACUGGCAUAGCUAUUCAGAAGGUUUAUUUUUGAAGUGAAUUUUAUAGUAAACAUAAACCCAAGCAUUUGAAAUAAUAAAAUGCUAUGAUGGUGAA